AUGUCGCAAUCUCACGCCAUGUCCGACGACCAGGUCGCCUCGGAGCUGCGCAAGAUGACGGCCUUCAUCCGCCAGGAAGCUCUGGAAAAGGCCCGCGAGAUCCACCUCAAGGCCGACGAGGAAUUCGCCAUCGAGAAGUCGCAGCUUGUGCGCCAGGAGACCCAGUCCAUCGACGCCCAGUACGAAAAGAAGUUCAAGCAGGCCUCCAUGUCCCAACAAAUCACAAAGUCCACCCUGUCCAACAAGACAAGACUGCGCCUGUUGAGCGCUCGCCAGGAACUGCUCGACGAGCUGUUCGACCAGGCCAACAACAAGCUCGCCGACUCCACAAAAGACCAGGACAAGUACCAGGAAAUCCUCAAGAACCUCAUCCUCGAGGGUCUCUACGCCUUGAACGAAUCAAACAUUUCCGUCCGCUGCAGGUCAAAGGAUGACGCCAUUGUCCGCAAGGCUGCCGAUGCUGCUCAGGCAGAGUACAAGGAGAAGAUGAAGGGACGUGAGACCGAAAUCAAGAUUGACGAAAAGGACAAGCUGCCCGAGGAGACAUCUGGUGGUGUCACCAUCGUCAACUCAACCGGCAGAAUUGACAUCAACAACACCUUCGAGGAGCGUCUCCGCCUGCUCCAGUCAGAGGCCCUCCCCAGUGUGCGAGCUACUCUCUUCGGCGAGAACAAGAACAGAAGAUUCAAGGACUAG